GCUGGGGUGUCCGGCUCGCCGCCUCCCUGCGGCCAUGGCGCAUGAGGCUGGGCUCCCGCUGCUGCUCUGCUGCCUCGGGCCGCUGCUGUGCGGCGCUGCAGGGCGGAGCCGGGCGCCUCGGGACCCGGAGCCGGGGGUGCCGCCGGGCAGGGCCGGGAGCGACCUCUCCAGGCAGUACGUGGCCUGCCGGCUGUGGCGGGAGGGCUGCGAGCAGCCGCAGGAAGAGGCCAGCCGGGAGCCGCAGGGUUGGAGCUUGCCCCUGGUGGGUCAGGAUUAUCUGGAGAUCCUUUCCAGCUGGUACUGCAGCUUUGGAAAGUGCUGCGAGACAGGAGACUGCAGAAUAGCUAACAACAUCACAGGGUUAGAGUUGGACCUGAGCAGGAGGCUACAUGGUCAGCACUUGGCAAAGGACGUCAUUCUGAAAGCAGUGCAAGGCUUCCUGGAGACGCCACAUUCGGAGAAGGCUCUAGCUCUGUCAUUCCAUGGCUGGUCUGGCACUGGAAAAAACUUUGUGGCCCGGAUGAUCGCUGAUCAUUUGUACCGAGAUGGGCUGAAAAGCGAGUGUGUUAAAGUCUUUAUCUCGCUCUUUCACUUCCCACAUCCCAAAUAUGUGGACUUGUACAAGGUUCAGCUGAAGAAGCAGAUAAGUGAAACAGUGCAGCUCUGCAAGCAGUCAUUGUUCAUCUUCGAUGAGGCAGAGAAGCUUCACUCUGGCCUGCUGGAUGCCAUCAAACCCUAUGUGGAUCACUAUGACAGCAUCGAUGGGGUGGAUUACAGGAGAUCCAUUUUCCUAUUCCUCAGUAACACUGGUGGGAACAUCAUCAACCAGGUGACCCUGGACUUCUGGCGAGCUGGACGGAUCAGGGAGGAGAUCACCAUGGAAUACUUGGAGCAGCACCUACGCCUGGAGCUGCUUGAGUCCACAGAUGGUGGCUUUGCCCACAGCCACCUCCUUCAAGAGAACCUCAUUGACUUUCUUGUGCCAUUCCUGCCCCUGGAGAAUCACCAUGUGAAGCUGUGCGUGCGGGAUGCUUUUCUGGCCCGCAGCCUUCCAUACACUGAGGAGGUGUUGGACGAGGUGGUCAGGAUGAUGGUUUUCAUUCCCGAGGAGCAGCUUUUCUCUGCACAAGGUUGUAAAUCUGUGUCUCACCGCAUCAACUAUUUCCUACCCUGAAUGUGAGGGGGAACUGUACCAGUGACCAGCAUGGCUGCUUGCUGCAUAAUGAGACCUGCUCCUCUUGCAUGAGCCGAUUGAAAAUUCACCUACUUGCACAGUGAUGAGAACUUGUGAAGUCCCUCAGAACUUGAAAGAGGCCUCCAAGGGUUGCUGUGAUUGUCAGAGUUGUGUGGCACCUGUGCAGCAUUCAGCUGGUAGAAGGCUGGGCUGCUAUACCUGCCUUGCCUACUUGAAGUUCCAUCUCUUAACAAGUAGCUCAGAGCAGAAGCAAUGAGUAGCUGUUGCCAAACCAAGAUUUCUGGAUGGCAAACAGUGGUCUGCUUCACAUGAGCAGAGUUGGUCUGGGACUUUGGCUUAUUAUGGUGUGAAUGGUCUUG